CGAAUUCACAACAAGUCAUGAUGCGAAGCGUUUAUUCAAUUUCUCCAGUUCGUUCCGAGAUGAUGGAUGAUACGAUGGUGAUAUUAGUAGGUUUAUUAUACCUACUCCUAUCUGCCACCGCUGAUGAUGGAAAUUUCACGCAUGCACCUCUUGGCUACGACCCAAGUACCAAGACGCAGGACGGAUCGUGGGAGAACAAUUCGAACAGUGAGAAUAUUUCUGGAAGUUCCCCUGUCCAAACUACAAGUAAGUUUCCAACAUCCGCUCAACUCCUGACUGAUGGUGCCGAACACAACCAGGAAACAUUUACCAUGCUGACAGUCUACAUCACAUCCUCUGAAGGGCUACACGUAGAGACGAUAUCUCCGGAACGAGAAGUGGUUUCUGGAGAAUAUCCUGUGAUGCCGGUUGGCAAUUCCACAGUCAAGGUGCCCAACACUUCAGAUGAAUGGCCUGCCACUGGGGAUGGAUAUCCCGAAGAUAAUGAUGUCGGGGCUUUGUCCACAUCUGUAGCAAUUGAUGCAAACGGAGGCAACGGUGCAUCUGCCACCGGAGAAGGCUUUGCAUGGUCUUCAAUUCUCUGGAACCCCCUGGUGAUAAUCCAGAUGAUUUUCUCCCUGCUCGGCGUUUUCGGCAACGCACUUGUCAUAGCUGUUCUGUAUCAGCAUCGUGCGGCUAACCGAGUCACCGAUACCCUGAUUGGAAACCUCGCAGCGGCAGAUCUUUUGACAUCUCUGUUCGUGAUACCCAUUCCCAGGGUCCAGCACGUCCCAGGAAAUUGGGAGGGACAGGUAUACUGUAAGGUGGUCCAGUCGUCUGUUCUGAUGUGGGCCAACAUGGCUGUCUCGACAUACCUCCUUGUCGCGAUCAGUAUUGAGAGAUACCUAGCGGUCGUCCACCCAGUCUACUUCUCAAUGAUUCUCAGCCGACGUCGUGUCGAGUCGACCAUCGUUCUAAUCUGGGUCGUCAACUACGUUAUCAAUGGUAUCUUUGCUUACUUCGUUGUCAACUCCUUUAAUGGCAGGUGCACCAUGAUCUUCACCAAGGAUUUCAUCGGAGCAGUUACCGGGACUGCUCUCUUCCUCUAUCGGGUGUUCUUCCCAUCCCUCAUCAUGGUAAUCACCCAAGUUCUCAUCGCAAGGAAACUAUACCAUCAAGCCGUCUGGUUCCGAUCAAACGCCGGUGGCGCUGCCUCCAAAGGAAACGUCCACCUGGCUGCCAGAAGCCGAAUCAUCAAGCUAAUGCUUGUUGUCAUUAUGAUCUACGUUCUGUGUUGGCUACCAAGUCAGGUCGGUUUUUUGCUCUACACCACCUCAGUGAUCCCUCCCUGGUACCCUUACAGUAUCUACCACCGGAUCCUGACCCUCUUCGGGUUCUUCAACUCGUGUGUUAAUCCCAUCAUCUAUACAUUGCGUCACGAGCAGUUCCGUCAAGCCAUUGCUGAUCUCUUCAAGAGAGAUUUACCAGUAACCAAGAGCGUCCCUCUAUUUGGACGUCAGCUCAACAAAAGGCAACACAGUCAAGGAGAUGUUUGAGGUUCCAAUCUUGAUAUUGCUAUUGUCUAAACAGAUGCAUACUAAGAAAAUCAGGGUGAGAUAUUAAACCCCGUAGCCUAUAACAGAAAGGAAUCCCAUUUUCAGAGAUAAAUUUCACAAUGAUUAAUGUUUUACUAUUAAUUUGGCACCUAUUUCGUGGAAUUGAUCAAUACGCAGUAGUGCGCGUCCUCUUGGCAUGAUCUGACCAAUGCUGUCAUUCCUUUUUAUACUGCGCGCAACAAGACAUUUAAGUGCGACUUUAGGUCAUAUAUGUGAAACACCCCAAGGGAUCAGUGAGUGAAACUUAAAAAAUAAAUAUAAAAAGAAAGAAAGAAGUGCUGAGUCAAUCGUCGAACAAGCACGUUAGUCGUGUCACGAACAAAUCUUGUCCAACAAUUUUUGCGCUACCUGAUUUUGACAGGAAGAUUUCAAACUUGUUUUGCUCAUUUAUGCGUAAAGUGUUCUCAUAUUAGGUAUCAAAAUAUAGAGGAAUAAUUGACUCGUACGGUGAUGUAAAUGAAAUAUCAUACUUAUUUGCCUUCGAAUGGGAAUGCCGGUUACUUUUUUUUUUAGAAGCAUUGUAUUUAUAAUUUUUGAAAUGAAAAAGGGUAAUUAUCGGCAUGAAUACGAUAAACUAAACUAUAAUGAUUGUGAACGCCGGAUGUGAACGCGAAAUUCCCAGUUGCACUGAUUGAGAGAGGACCAUUUUAAGCACCUAUAAGUAUGAAACGGAAGUUAGAAAAUAUACCAAACUUUAAAAGGGGACACUUAAAUGGCUACUUGUAUUUGUAAAAUGGACAGGUAUCUCAUGACACAAAAUAAUGGGAGCGCGAAGCACACCGAGUCGAGUUAGUUUUUGACAGUUAAAACAUUUGGUUACACUUCGUAAUUCCGAAGGUUCGUAA